AUGGCCAGUACUGAUCCUAUUGGAUCAGCCAUCAUUCCUGCAGAUAUUCCCAGUUCUGAUGAAGAAGUUUCAGCUUGUCAUCAUGAUACGAUUGAUGGUGUUGUAGAUUAUCAAGGUCUCCCAGCAAAAAGAUCCCAAUCAGGAAAAUGGAAAUCUGCUUAUUUCAUUAUAGGUGUUGGAGUAGCAGAGAGGUUUGCAUACUUUGGAGUAGGUUCCAAUCUUAUAACUUACCUUACGGGUCAUCUUAGGCAGUCAACAGCCGUUGCAGCUGCCAAUGUUAACAUCUGGACAGGCGCCGAAGCAAUGCUGCCGCUUGUGGGGGCAUUUGUGGCCGAUUCAUUUCUAGGCCGGUAUCGGACCAUCGUGGUUGCAUCUGUGAUUUACAUCCUGGCACUUGGCCUAUUAACCAUAUCUAACUGCCAAAGCAACAUCAGCAUGCAAUCAUGUUCCCCUGGCCAAUUACAAGUUAUUCUCUUCUUCUUUUCUCUAUAUUUAAUAGCACUUAGCCAGGGGGCGCACAAGCCAUUCAUUGUCGCUUUUGGAGCGGACCAGUUUGAUGGACAAGAUCCAGAAGAGAGCAGAAGCAAAAGUUCAUUCUUCAAUUGGUGGUAUUUUGGUUUAUGUGCAGGUCCUUUGAGUGCACUAUUGGUCUUAAACUAUAUUCAAGAUAACCUUAGUUGGGCUCUUGGCUUCGGGAUCCCAUGCAUCUCUCUUGCAGUCGCCCUACUCGUUUUCUUACUUGGCAGUAAGACUUAUAGGUAUAAAGUGAAAGAUGAAGAGAAGUUUUCCCUUUCAAAUAUUGGCAAUUUGUUUGCUAAAGGAGCUAAGUAUAGGCAGUCUGUCCCUUCAUCAAAGUCUAGUGAAGGAGUACAUGCAACAGUCAAUGAAGCAAGAUCCAAGCAAUAUGAAUUUCUCAAUGAAGCUUUGCUGGAAAAAGAUGAUCUUGAGAAGUACAAGGAUGUGUCCGAAGUCUGUGAAAUUGAAGAAUUAAAGUCACUUAAAGAUUUGUUUCCUAUAUGGGCUACAUCCUUGGCAUAUGCUGUUGUGUUUGCACAAACUUCCACUUUGUUCACAGAACAAGGGGUUACAAUGGAUAAAUCAAUAGGUUCAGGAUUUGUGUUACCCGCUGCUUCACUUCAGUAUUUAACAGGCAUUUCCAUUAUCCUUUUUGUCCCUAUUUAUGACUGCAUUUUUGUCCCUCCUGCAAGAACUAUUACCGGAAGGCCAUCAGGGAUAACGAAGCUGCAGAGAAUUGGAAUAGGAAUGGUUCUAUGUACUGCUUCAAUGAUCAUUGCUGCUCUUGUUGAAAGAAAGAGACUUCAAAUUGCUCAAUGGAAUGGUUUAGCUGAUCUGCCACACGCAACGGUUCCUAUGAGUUUUUGGUGGUUGGUGCCUCAGUAUAUAUUGUCCGGAAUUGCUGAUGUUUUCACUGUGGUUGGUUUGCAGGAGCUUUUCUAUGAUCAAAUGGCAAGUGAAUUAAAAACUAUAGGCCUCUCUUUUUUUCUGAGCAUCUUUGGAAUUGGGAGCUUUCUAAGCAGUUUUCUUAUCUCCAGCAUUGAGAGAUUCACAAGCAGCGGCAGCAGAGUCGGUGGUUGGUUUUCCAGUAACUUGAAUCAAGCACAUCUUGAUUACUUUUACUGGUUACUUGCUGGAUUUAGUAUGGUGGAGUUCUUAGCCUUCUUGUAUUAUGCAAAUUCUUAUGCCUAUAAUGGUCAAGGUCGUUCCACUGCCUGA